AUGAGCACCAAAGAGGAGAAUCUUCUUUUAGAUGAAGUGACAGGGGAGAAAGUGUCCAAGAAUGAAUUGAAAAGACGCAUUAAGCAACGGGAAAAAGAAGCAAAGAAGGCUUCUAAGGCUGCAGCUACUUCAACUGCAGAAAAACCCGAAAAAACCGAAAAUUCCGAGGAAUCUGAAGAAAAUUUAAACCCUAAUCAAUAUUUUGAAAUUAGAUCCAAGCAUGUUCUUAAACUUCGAGAAUCACGUCAACCUAAUCCCUAUCCACAUAAAUUUCAUGUGGAGCUUUCCAUUCCAGAAUUCAUUGAAAAAUAUGGUAAACUUGAACCUGGUCAACAUUUAGAUGAGGUUAUUCAGAUUGCCGGUAGAAUUCAUAACAAAAGGACCAGUAGUGCCAAACUAAGAUUUUAUGAUUUACAUGGAGAUGGCGUCAAGAUCCAAAUCAUGGCUCAAGCACAAGAUUCUGAACGUGACUUUUUUGAAGUUCAUGAUUUACUUCGACGUGGAGAUAUUGUAGGAGUCCGUGGAUGUCCAGGCAAAUCCAAACGUGGUGAAUUAUCAAUCUUUCCCAAAGAUGUUAUUCUUCUUUCACCUUGUUUGCAUAUGUUGCCUAAAGCGCAUUAUGGGCUUAAGGAUCAGGAGACACGUUUUCGUCAACGUUAUCUUGAUUUGAUUAUGAAUAAUAAUGUUCGAGAUAAGUUUAUUAUUAGAGCUAAAAUUGUAAACUAUGUUAGAAAAUUUUUGGAUGAUCUUGAGUUCCUUGAGGUCGAAACUCCAAUGAUGAAUAUGAUCGCUGGUGGAGCUACUGCUAAACCAUUUAUCACUCAUCAUAAUGAUCUCAAACUUGAUCUAUUUAUGAGAGUCGCACCAGAAUUAUACCUAAAGAUGCUUGUGGUCGGUGGAUUGGAUCGUGUAUAUGAAAUCGGUAGACAAUUCCGUAAUGAAUCCAUUGAUCUUACACAUAACCCUGAAUUUACUACGGUCGAAUUUUAUAUGGCAUACGCGGAUAUGUAUGAUUUGAUGGAAAUUACUGAAAAGAUGCUGUCAAGUAUGGUUAAAAGUAUCACAGGAGAUUAUAAGGUUGUUUAUCAUCCUCAUGGACCUGAAGGAGAAGCUAUGAAUAUAGAUUUUACUCCACCAUUCAAGAGAAUUAACAUGAUUGAAGCUUUGGAAGAAAAAUUAGGUGUCAAAUUUCCACCAGCAUCUGAAUUACAUACAGAGGAGACUGCCAAAUUUCUUGGAGAACUUUGUGAGAAAAAUCAAAUAGAAUGUCCUCCUCCAAGAACCUGUACACGAUUACUAGACAAACUUGUAGGCGAAUUUAUUGAAGUUGAUUGCGUAUCACCGGCAUUUAUUAUCGGGCAUCCACAAAUGAUGUCACCAUUGGCUAAGGCACAUAGGGACAUUAAAGGAUUAUGUGAACGGUUUGAAUUAUUUGUAGCCACCAAGGAAGUCUGUAAUGCUUAUACAGAAUUAAAUGAUCCUUUUGAUCAGCGUGAAAGAUUUGAAGAACAAGCGCGUCAAAAAGAACAAGGUGAUGAUGAAGCUCAGCUUAUUGAUGAGACAUUCUGUACAAGUCUGGAAUAUGGUUUGCCUCCGACUGGAGGCUGGGGAAUGGGUAUAGAUCGACUUACUAUGUUCUUGACUGAUAGUUCAAAUAUUAAGGAAGUCUUACUUUUCCCUGCCAUGAAACCUAUUGAGGAAAAACCAAACAUUAGUGAUCUUUAA